AUGCCUUCUCCCUAUUCCCUUCCUCUAUCAGUAGCCGACGCAGGCUCUCACUCUUUCAAUCCCUCUCCUCCUGAAUCUAUCUAUGGCACAAGCAUGUCUCAAACAAUCAACAAAGCGUCUACAGACCUGUCACCCAGUUAUGGUUCCUCACCAUCAAGCCCAAAGAACCAAAGCCCCUCGACAGAUGGGUCAUUGUCAACACCAAAAUUGUCCAAAUCUCAACAUGUUUCUAACCCUAAUGAAUCCACCGCCCGCAUCGAGAAAAGGAGGCAAAACACGCUUGCCGCUCGUCGGUAUCGACAGAAACGAGUCGACCAAGUGUCCACCUUGGAAUCAGCUCUCAAAGACACCCAGUCCGAGAGAGAUGACCUGAAAGUCCGCGUUGCUCGGCUCGAAGGCGAAGUCGAGACACUUCGGGCGCUGCUUCGAUCGAACAAGUAG